UGAUAUUGUUAUUGUAUAUAUUUUAAUUUAUUUAUAUCCCAAAUUUUUAAUGCUAAAGUUUUAAAUCAUUAUGGAAGAACCUUCGGUAAUAUAUCGUAGAAUUUAUUAUAGGUUAAAAGAACCAAAUCCAUUAUUUACCAAAUGGGUUGAAGAAUUGAAAAAUGAAGCGGAGAAAAAAAAUAGUAAAAGCAAAUUCAUUCUUGCAGAGGCUUUAGACUCCUUGAAAAAAUUUCCUCUACCAUUAGAAUCAGGAAGAGAUUGCAUAAUUUUAAGAGGUUUUGGUAAAACUUUAUGUUCUAUGCUAGAUGAUAAGCUUGAAGAAUAUAAAAGAACCAAUAAUUUACCUAGUAGCCUUAACUCCAACAACUCUUUUAGUCUUAAUAAAGAUUUGUCUAAGAAAACCAAAUUUGCAAGCAACAAAAAUAUUAGUUUUAAUUAUGUUGAAAAUGAUAAAGUAUAUGAGGCUGAAAUAUGUCACGAUAUAUCAGAUGAUAAAAUACAAAAUCUUCUGAGCUCAAAUAAUAUACCACACACUAGCACUCAGAAUAGAAAUAUAGAUACAUUAAAGAAUUAUGAAAUACGUGAUAACAUAUCUUCUCCUAAAAAUGUACACGAUUUAUUAAACAAAUAUAAAAACUUGGAUGAUUUACUAGCUCCUAAAAAUGCAAAAGGUACAGUUAAUAGCAAUAAAACAAAUAAAAAACCUGAAGGUACUAAAAGUUCUCCUACUUUAUCUACUGAUGUAGGUAAUAAAAAUAUUGAUAAUCCUUUAAGUCUAAUUUCGCCUAGAAAAGCUUUGAACACUAUCAAAGAAUAUGAUAAAAAGAAAAAAUUAAGUAUAGAGCAUAAAUUCCAUCGAAUAAGUACUUCUUCUGACUCUGAAAUAUCAGAUGGUGAUUCAGGAGGAUAUAUAAAAAGAAUUGACUCGCCAUCAAAAAUAUCUCAAAAAAAUAUUUCACAAGAAAAAAAACUGGUAGAUAAAAAUAUUAUUCCUGAAGAAAAUGAUGAAGUGCAUGAAAUUGCUAUAUCUUCUGAUUCUGAUGAUAAUUAUAAUUUAAAUUCAUCCCCUGGUUUAUCACAAGGAACUAAAGCAAAAUUUGCAAAAAUAUCUGAACAACUUGAUGUGCGUAUUGAUAAUAGUAACAAAAAAUUGAAUGCAUCACAAAUUUCUCAAAACGGUUCUUUCAAGGAGAACCCUAAAUUGCAUGAAUUAUCUUCAGAUGAUUUGGGUAAUCAUAAAGUUUAUAAUAUUGAUACCUCUUCUGAUUCUGAUGAUAUUUACUCUCGUUCACAUAAGAAGCCUAUUAAAUUCAAUGGAAAUAGUUCUGUUUGCUCUAAUCUAAAUAUUGAUGAUCUAGGUAAAAAUAAAAAAAAUAACUCACAAUGUGAUAAUUCUCAAAAAAGUUCUGGUGGAAAAAAAUUGACUGAAAUGAGUGCAGACAAAGAUGAAUUAUUGGAAAAUUUGGAAAAGAACAGAGUGCAUAACAUAGAUGUUGUUUCUGAAUCUGAUGAUGAGUUGGAUAAAUUUAAUACUGCGAACAUUUCACCUGCUCAUAAUUCUAGGAAAAUAAAAUUAUAUACUUCUGAAGAUAUUGCUCUAACAAAUGCAAAAGUUGGUAAUAAAUAUAUUAACAAUGAUAAAAGUAAUGAUUUUUUGGAGCAUUAUAAAGAACCAAGUAAAAGAUUCAAUGGCAAAACUAUUUUUUCUAAGCAAAUUGAUAUUGAUAAUGUAUUUGAUAUUGAUGAUUCUUCAAACUCAGAAUGUCCACGACUACCUGAAACUUCUCCAAAGUUUUCAAACAAUGAUGAUGCUUAUAGUAUCGAAAAUUUUCCUAAUUCUAAUGAUAUUUUGAAUAAAUAUAAAAUUGGUUCUAAGGUGUGUAAUAUGAAAAGAAAAUCUCCCAAUACAAGAGCUGCUUCAAAGAUAUCUAAAAUCAUGGAUCAUGAUGAAGUAUGUAUCAUUGAUCCUUCUCCUCCUUCUGACGAUAUAUCAGAUGAUCAAUUAACUUCUUAUAAUUUAAAUGAUAGAAAACAAUCUAAAGUUAUUAAAAAUGCUAAUGACAUGUUAGGUGCUAAGGUGACAGAAUAUGAAGAUACAUCAGCAAAUACAAAAAGUGCUGGUACAAAAUCAUAUUCCAAUAUACAAUCUAAAUCGAGAGAUGUGUUAUCCAAAUAUUGGGAAACAGAUGGUAUAAUGCACAUAGACACAUCUCCUGAACCUAGUGAAGUUGAUUUUAUUUGUAAUACAAACUCUAAUCAAAUAAUUAAUAAUGAUAAUAAUAUUUAUGAAGAAAAAGGGAAUCAAAACAAGCUUAGUAAUAAUAUCAAUUCUAUACUUGAUGCAAUUGAUAAUAACAAAAAACCUGAAGCACAAAAAAGGGGUAAUUCAAAAACUAGUAAAUUAUAUUCACCUGCUUAUCGUUCAGGCCCAUACGCUCUGUUAAUUGCUUUAAUAAAGUUACACCAUGGAAAUAAGUUUUCUGUGAGCAAAGAUGAAUUACAAACUAAAGCUCAGCCUUAUUGUGAUAAAGUUUUUGUUCCUUCUGAUAAAUCGAUACGAUAUACUGCAUGGUCUUCAAUGUCAACAUUAAUCACAAAAAGUUUAGUACAAAAAACAGGCAGGCCUGCAAAAUUUAGUAUAACAGAAGACGGAAUUGCAGUAGCAGAAGAGUUAUUGAAAAAGUAUGUUGAGACAAAUCAAGAAGGUGAUUUUGAAGAUAAUAUUGGUCAGCAAGUUUCUACUAGUCAAAAGGAAAAAUUAUCACAAAAGAAUAAGAGAAAUGCUUCUAAAACAACAGAAAUUGAAGCAGUAAUUUUUCCACCAAAUUCCUUUGAAAUUAUUUUAUUAGUUGACACGCAAGAAACAUCAGGGAUGGCAAAAAGAGCUUAUGAUGAAACGAUACAAGUACUGACAGAAAUAAAAGUUCAAUAUGAAAUACGCCGCUUAAAUGUUGGAGAUUUUGCAUGGAUUUGCCGAGACGAUUCAAAGAGAGAAUUAUUGCUUCCAUAUAUAGUUGAAAGAAAAAGAAUGGAUGAUUUUGGGAGCAGUAUUAGAGAUGGAAGAUUUAAAGAACAAAAAUUUCGAUUGAAACAAUGUGGAAUUCAAAAUCUAUUGUAUUUAAUAGAAAGCUAUGGGCGUAAUGAGCAUACAGGUCUUCCAAUUGCAUCUUUAUUUCAAGCAGCAUGCAAUACUUCUAUUCAAGAUGAUUUUAUAUUAAAAUUUACUAACACACAUCGAGAUUCUAUGAUGUAUUUAGCAGUAUUAACUCGCAUGUUAAUGGAAAAUAUAUCUAAUAAAACUCUUGUUAGCUGUCCUAAAGAAAACUUAAAGAAGUUUGAUUUUAAUGACUCUAUAAUAGCUUUGAUGGAUUUUACUGAAUUUCAAAAUUCAUCAAAAAAGACAAGAAAAUAUACUGUACAAAAUAUGUUUGUUAAACACUUAAUGCGAAUCAAGGGAAUUUCUAUGGAUAAAGCAUUAGCUAUAGUUGCAAAACAUCCAACACCACAGGAUCUCUAUGAAGCUUUUAAUGCAUCUUCGAGUACUAUAAAUAAAGAUUUGCUCACAAAUAUACAAUGUGGACCAUUAAAUAGAAAAAUUGGACCAGCAAUGAGUGAGACCUUAUACCAUUUAUUUACAUUAGAAAAGUACUCGUAG